AUGCCGUCGACGAACGAGAUCAACGCGAAGAACCUUCGGAAGAAAGCCGACGGGUACAUGAAGCCCACGCUGACGAGAUGGAAGCCGGAUUUCGAACGAGCCGCGGAGCUCUACGAAGAAGCCGCUCGAGUGUUCCGAGCGUCGAGCGCGCACGCCGACGCCGCGGACGCCGAGGAGCGAAGCGCGCGAGCGUGCGAGCUUGAAGAGAACCACUGGCACGCGGCGAAGGCGUACGAGCGAGCGACGGAGGCGUACGCGAAGGCGACGCCGUACGACGGCGCGGCGGUGUUGGCGAGCGCGGAGCGGGCGCGCGAGGCGUACACGCGGAGCGACCGCGCGCAGGCUGGGGCGGAAAGUCUCAGUCGAGCGGCGAGGUUGAUCGAGGAUAGUGAUAUGAAGACGGCGGCGGCGCUGCUCAGGCUGUGUUUGGAGGAUCUCGAGGAGGACGGGAAGGACGUGUACGCGAGCGAGCACCAUCGGCGGUUGGGCGCGGUGCUCCUGCGCGCGGAGCUGUAUCAAGACGCCGCGACGGCGUGCUUGAAGUACGCUGAAUCGUGCUCGCGCGCGGGACAGAUGAACUCGCUCGCCAAGGCAUAUCUGAGCGCCAUCGUGGCGCUGCUGUACGACGGCGACGGCUCCGGAGCGCAGUCCACGUUUAGCGACGUGCACGAAGUUCCGGGAUUCGAGAACAGCGAGGAGCGCGACACCGCGUACCUGUUGCUCAAUGCAUAUCGCGACGGUAGCGUGGACAAAAUCAAGAACGCGAUCUCCACGAGCUCGUGCGUGCGAUUCCUGGACGUCUCAUUUUCUCGUCUCGCCGCGAAACUGCCGAAUCCGGCGCACGAGCUCGGGGCGCUCGCGGUGAAAAUGGGCGUCGAAGGCGUCGACGGCGACGCCACGGAUGAAGAUGAUGAUUUGACCUAA